CUUCAAUAUUUGCUCCACCAAUCGCCAUGCAAGUAAUAUCACAUAAACUAGCCAGUAGUAGUACCAGUACUAGAAACAUUACCUGCACAAUACUGCAGCCACAAGAGCAAAUUAAACUCAUAGCUAACUAACUCAUGGAGUUGAGUUCCACCAUCACUGCAACGUGGAAAGUCUGCGUAAUAGGGAGCUUACUAGGCUGCUUGGUGCUUCUCCUCCUCAACCAAGAUAACCAAAAUAUAACUCUCUUGGCCGUUACAAACACUGCGCUAGAAUUCGCUGCGCCGCUACCUCAACCCGAUGCAGUGAAUACAAUCCUAAAUCCAACUCAUGAGCCUUCUAUAUUUAGUAAUUCCACUAGUCCGCCACCUAUAGCUAUGGCUAGCAUGGUUUCCGAGCCUCCGCAGCUUUCUAAUUAUAGCAAAUUUAAUGGCAUAGAGAAGCCAAAAGAAAUUUAUCACACAGAGAAACCGAAUGUAAUACUAAAUGUUUCUAAGGUUGAAAAGCCAAAAAAGAAGAUUCAAAAGAAGUGUAAUAUGUUUGAUGGAAGGUGGGUUUACAAGCCAGAAUCAAAGCCUAGUUAUAUUGUACAGAAUUGUCCAUUUCUUGAGGAGAAGAUGAGCUGCCAAAGGAAUGGAAGGCCUGAUUUUGAGUACGAAAAGUGGAUAUGGGAGGCUACAGAUUGUGAUAUACCAAUGCUAAAUGGAACAGACAUGGUGGAAAGGUUUAGAAACAAGAGGGUGGUCUUAGUAGGAGACUCAUUAAAUCGAAACAUGUGGGAAUCUCUUGCUUGCAUUCUCUAUUCAUCUAUUCCGAAUGCCUCAACAAAAGUUGAAGUUCAUUCUGAUAUCAAGGUGCUCAAAACCUUCUUCAAGGCAAAGGAGGAAUAUAAUUUUACAGUUGAUUUUUUUUGGAGUCCAUUUUUGGUAGAACUCAACAAAAACCAUUCAAGUGGGAAAAAAGUUCUUGUGCUGGAUAAGCUCUCAUCCAACUCCGAGUUAUGGCCUGAGGCUGAUAUUAUGUUGUUUAACUCGGGACACUGGUGGGCUCAAACCGGCAGUAAGAGAGCCUGGGACAUGUACGAGUACAAAGGAAAGCUAAUAAAGGAUAUGCCACUACACAUAGCCUAUAAACGGGCAAUGAAUACAUGGGCAAAAUGGAUUGAAAAAAAGGUCGAUUCAACAAAAACAGCUCUUUUCUUUAGGAGUGUUUCAGCUGAACACAAAGCUCCACAAUACAAUCAAGCGUGCCAGUAUAAGACCAAACCUAUCAUGGAUGAAUCCUACAGAAACCUAUUUCCAAAAAAAUUGAUUCCCACUAUCGAGAGUGUGAUCAAAGGGAUGAAAUCACAAGUGAAGUACUUGAAUAUUACCAAAUUGUCCGGGUAUAGAAUAGAUGCACAUCCGUCAAUUUACAGAUACAACGACUGGAAGAUUCGUGCGAAAAAAGAUAUUCGUACUCUUACAGCUUACGCAGAUUGUGGGCACUGGUGCCUCCCUGGGAUACCAGAUACUUGGAACAGAUUGUUUUAUGCUUCUCUCUACUUUGAUACUUUUGACGUAUCAUCUAAUUCUUAAGAUAUAAUUGUGAUAUGCUACUAAUUGUGGUUUCUCGGAAAAUUGAAGAAAACAUUAAUCUAUAUGAAGAAUUAAAAACCCGGACCCAGUUGGUAUAUGCAAAAUGCAAGUAUUGUGGAUAGACUAUGUAGAUUUGUGGAUUCAUACUAGUUUCGAUAUUUUGAGGUUACUUAAUAUGAAAUGGUUUCACAUUGCUUAAUCAUUAGUCGUUUAAAUUAAGCCAUGGAAAUGAUAGUUAAUUAGACAAUAAAAAAGAAAACUUGUAUUAACAUGUAACCUACCAUUUAUAAAUAUUAACCUUAUAUGCAUGCAAUGCAUACGUGCGAAAUCAUAUAAAUAGUAACGGAUUAUUGUAUGAUUUUUACAA